AAGUUCAUUCCCCAAUCAUUCACAGCCCAAAGUCGUAUCGGAUACCCCACCUCACAUCACAUAAGCGUCCAUCACUUUCUUAAAGCUGCAUAUCUUUUCAUUGCGGUUCUUAAACUAUGUUUUAUCAGCAUCGAUCAGUGUCCGUAUAAACAUGGUCGAACAGCCAAGUUUCAAUUUGGACACUACUUGAAUUCAGAGCCAUGUAUAAGUACUUCCGCUGAAGUGCAAAAUCAGAUAGCAGCUGCAUCAUAUAUACCUGCCUGAAAAAGGGUCUCGUUCUUUUCUGCGUUCCUCUCCAACGUCCACCAUGAUUCCGUCAUCCUCUUCUUCAGUUUCCUGGUUACAAAGGUUUUUGGUCGCGGCCUGGUUCCUCGGUUGCGGAUGUCUUCAAGGCCUGAGCGCAGCAUCCACAGUGAAGGUGAACAUCUCCAGGGUGGAGGACGCAGUGAACUUCCACAUUUACUACGGACAGACCUUCAAAGUCAUCAAGAAUGCCAUUGACACCAGGAGCUACCUCCUCAUUCAGGAUAAUUCAAGGAUGGCAUCCAGGACAAAAUAUUGCACUUCCAGGAUCAAAUCAUUCAUCAUUCCCUUAUCGAACUAUUCAGUAGAUGCUGAACUUUUUCCAGUUUCCUUCUUCGAGCUAUUAGGCUUACUUGGGAGCUUAAAAGGCAUAACAGCAGACUCCGUUGCCUCUCCAUGUGUACUAAAUUUAUGCGAAGGAGGAGGAGCUGAGAUGAUUAACAAGAGCAAUCCUCAGCAAUUUCAGCAAUUCUCGGCAAAUUUUAUUAGCAACACUGAUCUAGCACAAGCUUGUAACUUUGCAUCAUUUGCUCCUACCAGCGAAAGCCUUCCUCUGCAGAGAGCAGAAUGGAUCAAGUACCUUGGAGUUUACGCUAACCUGGAAUAUAAAGCCAAUCAAGUGUAUAAUGCUGUUAAAGAAAAUUAUUUGUGCCUGGCCAGGGUUGCUGCAAGCAAAGCUUCAUCAGUCAAACCAACAGUUGCCUGGAUGGAGUACAAUGAUAAUAUAUGGUCCUUUACCACGGAAACACUCAAAAUGAAGUAUGUAGAGGAUGCUGGAGGAGAGAAUGUAGAUGAAUCGAUCGGCAAGAUCACUUACAACACCUCCAAUCCUGAUGAUUUGGAGCAACUGCAUGCCAUCUUAUGCACUGUCGAUGUGGUCAUCGAUGGAACAAACACUUUCGAUCCCACCGGCUACACAAUGUCAACUUUUGUUGAGAACGUAGGAGUCGCAGAUACUUCUUGUUUUGCAUUUCUUGCAAAUCAAAGCCUGUGGAGAUAUGAUAAAAGAUUGCAAAACGCCAGCAACACUCUUGAUUGGUUCGACGGAGCAGUCUCCCAACCUCAGUUGGUUCUUGCAGAUCUUACGGAAGCUUUAUUCCCAACAGGAAACUAUACUACUACUUACUUUAGGAAUCUAGCCAAGGAAGAAAGUGUUGUAAACAUAACAGCCGACAUGUGCGAUAGGGAUACCUCGACAGCUUUGGAUCCAACUAUCAUACCUUGCUCGUGAUUCCCCAGAGGAUCAAAUUCAAUACGUCGUAGAUUUUCUUACAACAAAAAGUCUACUGUCGUCAUUAUUUUUUCAUGAACUCAUGUAAUUUGAUCUUGUGUUUGACUAGUUUUCAAGAUACCAGAGGUGAUGUUUCAGGAUGAGGGCAUUGUAAUCUUUGCUUGCACAUGCUUCCAAUCAAACUUCGAUGUCCCUGACAUUUCUGUA